CCGCCUUCCACGCUGGUUUGUUGCCGGAUAUGAACGAGGAGGAAAAGCAAAGUACGACACAGUCUGUGGUCCGUAGUCCGAGCCGCCUGCACCGGCUCCCCGCUGGCUCUGUCCGUCCCACGAAGGAUGAAGCAUGCGAUCCGCUAACAGGCCAAUAGCAAGCAGGAGGACACUCUGCGGACGUCCAGUAACCUGCUAUUUCCUCCGCUGUGACUUCCGGACGGUGGCAGAUUUUGAAUGGAGUCAGCACACACGUUUUCAUUGUCUUGUUUAUCCAGGGAACUCGGGGCUCCAGAUCCAGGACAUCCUGUGCAAAGAGUGAAAAAUGGUCAAGUAUUUUAGUAAUAACAUAGACAUCGGGAGCACCUGGGACCACGUUGUCUCUGCUUUUUGGCAGAGGUAUCCCAACCCAUUCAGCACCCAUGUUCUCACAGAGGACGUUGUGUACCGGGAGGUGACUGCGGACCACCGGCUUCUCUCCAGACGCCUCUUGAUGAAGACCAAUCGGCUGCCUCGCUGGGCCGAGCGUCUGUUCCCCGCCGGCAUCUCUCGCUCUGUGUACAUCAUCGAGGACUCCAUCGUGGACCCUGUCAACAGGAGUUUGACCAUCUACACCUGGAACCUCAACCACACAACACUCAUGUCAGUUGAAGAGCGCUGUAUUUUCCGGGACUCGGAGGAGCAGCCGGCCACCACCCAGCUGAAGCGAGAGGCGUGGAUAUCCUCAAAUGUUUAUGGACUUUCCAGACCGAUUCAGGAGUUUGGAUUGGCCCGCUUCAAGAGCAAUCAGGUGAAGGCCAUGAAAGGGCUGGAAUACGCGCUGUCAAACUUGCAGGGAGAGACGCCCCAGCGGCCGCUCAGGGACACGGUGAAGGGCGCGUCGGAGAAGGCCAAGGACACGGCCAAGAGCCUGGCUUCGGCCGCCGCCGGCCCACAGAAGCCCCCGCAGUACGUCUGAAGGGGACGGUUACGUGAACACAAUGACUUGUUGAUCGUCUCGACUGGACCGAAAGUUUGACCGGAGCUCGCCAGUUUUUUUUUUUCUCUGCGGGUGGGCUUUUGUCUUUUUUCUUUCUCUCAUUUUCAGCUUUCUGUCCUCGUCGAAUCUCAGGUCCUGAACUUUUGUCCGGAACACUUUACCUUUUGGGGAGUAAAAGUUCAUAUUGGGACACCAGAAACCUUGUUCGUGCUACGUGGGGUACAAAUGCACAUUCACACAUUUUGCCAAAUGUUAUUUACCCAUUCAUUUAGCAUCCAUAUCUAUUUAGGGAGUACAUUUUAAUGCAAAAUAACUACUUUCUAUCAGUGAUUAUCAUCGGACCAGCCUGAUAUCCUCAUUAUAACAAUGUGACUGAAGUUGUAAUCAACCAUGAAGAAGGAAAGACUUAUUGAUUAUUAUAUUUUUAUAUAUGGAUUAUAUAUUGUCUUGUUACAUUCAAUAAUUUCCUCUUUUGUUGAAAUUUUUCCCACAAACGUGUGUGUGUGUGUGUGUGUGUCAGUGUUGUUGCCACAAAAUGCAUUCUGUCACAUUGUGUGCAUUGAUAAGGUUUUUAGUAGAACUGAUCUGGUCAGGAACCGCCGGAUGAGCUUGAACUGGAGCUUUAAUGAUCCAAAGGGAUUCAUGGGGGGAAAAAAAGUCAGAUUUAGGAAUGUUUUGAAAUCUCUGUGCUCAGAUCUACUCUGUAACUGUAUAACAGUUUCACUGCGUUGGUUAAAAUAUCUGUAGUUUAAUUCAACCUGUGUGUUGAUUUGAGGCUUGGUCAGCGAUAAAGAUGAUAUGUUUGUUUAGAUGUCAGUGAUUUCAUUCCUUUUUAGAUGGAAUUGUCUGGAUUUCUCUGCUCUGAGAGUACUGAGGACUAUUGAGCAUUAAGCCUCGUGAUAUGGUUUAUAAUUGUAGACGUAAACAGGAUCCACUUGAAAUGAAAUUUUAUUGGGGGUUUUUUGAGUGAAAAACAUUUUUCAACCAACCAACUCAAGAGUCCAAUGUGUGUUGUCUUGUGUUCGUUCAUGGUCAAACUAAGCUUUAAUUAAAUGUGAUUAAGUUAUUGAGUUAA